GGGGGGGGGGGGAUCUGAGAGAAGGACGGCGACUCCAUCAGCAUUCAUCCCCGGCAAUCAGGACAGGUCAACCAGGGAAAGUGCUGCGUUGUUGACAGAUGUCUGCUGCAUUCAAUGGCACCAUAAUGCCAUUCGCCCCCGACGAGAAUGCAUUGGCCGAGUUAAGCAAGCUCGCGAAGCUCCGUGACCAGGUUCGGCAGAAUAGUCAUCCGAGUCUUAAGCGGAGGAGGGAGGAGCUGGAGUCGCCGCCGCAUGAGUUUGUUGCUGCUGCUGCGGCUGCUGGCGUCACUGUAACGAAGGGGAAGGAGGAGGUGCGAAAGCCGAAGCCAAGUGAGGAUAAACUGCGGUUGGAACAACUUUUACGCGCGAAGAUCGCGGCGAAGAAAGCCGAGAUUGGGUCCAAAACCGCUACACCAAACCCCGGGUCAUCUGUCCCGACACCGACUGAGACGCCUGCUCCGACUCUCCCUCAGCAACCACAGUUUCCGUUUCCACCACCACCUUUUCCGUUCAUACCUGGUUUUCUACCGCCGAUGCCGAUACCGAUACCGGGAAUGCCCUUUCCGCCACCAAUUCCAGGACUCGGCAUUCCUGCGCCUCCUCUUCCUCAAAUCCCAUCCGCGACCAACACCACACCCUCUCAGACUACACCCGCUCCAGCACAGGUAGCGGCGAGUACGGGCUUCGGCGUUGGUCCCCCACCACCCCCCAACGCCGCCCCACCCCCUCCACCACCGGAACUGGCUGCGAUGAUCGCUGCUUCUACACCAAGACCCGGUAGUGGAGGUGUUGCGCCCCCGCCGGAGGUUGUAGCCCCGCCUGUGCAUGCACCGAAUGUUGUGCGGAGUAUGGUCGAGGCCAAAGUAGGUGCAGGUGCGGUGGCGGAGAUCGGACGGGAAAAAGCACACACCUCCAAGUCUCCAGCCGCAAAAAAGCAGAAAGCCAUGAUUGCACCAUCAGCGGCGGCGCCUGGUCGAGUCAUCCCACCGCCCACCGAGCCAGAACGCAGCCUCCCAGCCCCAGGCAAAGGCGAUCACCGCUCCGACGCUAAACCGCCAACCGGUCCCGCAGCUUUAACCAAUAAGCAGGCAAGGAGGGAGAGGGAUAGGAUAGAGAAAAAGGCGAGGCAUUAUUCGAGUUUUGAUUCUCCGCCGAGGGGGUGUGGGGAGGUUGUUUUGCCUUAUGAUAUGGGGAUGGGGUUGCCGUAUGAUAGCGCGCCGGCGCCGGCGCCUGUCAGGCGUGCGAGUCCGCCGCGGAAGGUUGAGGGUGGGAAGGGCAAAGACACGGAAAAGGAGAAAGUGAAGACGAAGAAACUUGCGGCGGAAGACAAACCCGCUGCACUCGACUCGACGAAAAACGCACCCUCCAAGUCCGCCCCACAAACCGAUGAACCGAAAGCACCAGUCCUGGCGGUGCUCGACCACGGUACAAUCACCCGCCAGCAAUUCCCUCCCAUUCAUCCCUCGCAGCUUAUCCGCCCCUUGGACACUAGUGCCGUGGAAGAUGUGAGGAUGCGGAGUCCUUCCCCACCUCCUCCUCGGGUCUUGAGGGACAGGGAUGAUAUCCGCGCACCGAGACCGAUGGGGCAGCCGGUUCGGCAACCACUGGCGACAGAGGCAGAGCAGCCAGUGCAAGAUGAGCACGAGGAGUAUGACCCCACGAGGGCGGAUUUGCAUUUACCGAGGAGGAGGGCGAGUUUGGGAAGAGCGAGGGAGGGAGAGGGGUCGGUGUAUGGGCCUGGGCAGUGGGAGGAGGAGAGGUAUGGGUAUGAGAGGCCGAGAUUUGGGUAUGAGGAAUAUUACAGGUACGGUCUCGGACCUGGCCCCGGGCCUGAAAGACGGUAUGGAUAUGGGAUGGAUGAGGACAGAGAACGCGAAAGGGGCCGCUCCCUCGUGCGGAGAAGGAGUCCUAGCCCGCCAGUCCGGAGAGGUCGGUCCGUGCUCAGUCCGAGACACUUUGAUCGCAGGACUAUGAGUCCAUCCCUGAUAGCAGAGUGGCAACGAGCGGCCGAAAGAGAUCCGGAGGAGAGGGAGAGAAUGAAAAAGUAUUAUCCGGAUGAGCUGAUACCCCACCUCCAGGAUCCGCAUGUGCGUGCACCGAGCGUGGUACCUCCGCCGAGGAGUAUCAGGGCCGAGAGUCGCGCACCUCCGAGGGGUGCGGCGUAUGGGUACGGUAGUGAGUACGGCUCCGCGGCUGGAUACCCCGACGACCACUUCCCCAUGGACCGGGAGCACGUGCGGGAUCCGUAUGUGGAGCAACGUAUGGCGGACCUCGCACGCAAGAGAUGGGAAUUGGAACAGCAGGAACGCGAGCUUACGCGUAUGGCGAUGGAUUUGUCGAGGAGGCAUGGGAUGAAUAGGGAUAGGGAAGGGAGCGUGCGGCCGCCUCCGACGAGUAUGUACGGGUUUGGUCAUGGGAUGGAGGAGGAGAGGAAUAGGUGGGGCAUGCCGCCGCCGUUGCCGUUACCGCUGAGGGAGAGGGAGAGGGGCAUGUAUCCCGGCAGGAGGGACGGGAGUGUGUAUCCUGGCGGCAGGGAGGGGAGUGUCCGUCCUCCGCCUGUGUAUCCCGGUGGCCGCGAGGCAAGUAGGCCCCCACCCAUGAGGGAUGACGAGUAUUCGCCUGGACUUGGGCGAAUGAUGCUACCGCCGCCUCCUCCUCCUCCACCGAUGUCUUAUCGCGAGGGAAGCGUACGACCUAGCCAUGGUGGUUGGGAUGGCCGUAUGCCCCCGCCGGCGAGGGCGAGGGCAGCGAGUGUUCGGCCGAUCGCGAGUCGGGAGGAGUAUGAGGACAGGAUGCGGUAUCUGGAUCGUCAGAGACGGGAGAGGGAAUAUGAGUAUGAUCAUGAGUAUCCGGGGAGGGGGCAGACUGGGGAGAGGGAGUGGAGGUGAGGUGGGGUGGGGUUACGGUGUGAUAGUCAUACCGUGACGCUCGUCGAAUGUUGACGUGCUAUAUAUACUUGGGUAGCUACGGUACGUAU